CUUAUAUAAUAUACAAUAUAUAUGUGCAUAUGACGGGUCCCCGUACCCAUAUCCAAUUUUGGAUACGUACCCCAAGAUCCUAAGAUUUAAAUUUAUGAAUGUCUGACGCUUGGAUACACACCCGCACCCGACACUCGUACCCGAGUCCAUGCAACAUAGCCUUGGAGUCUAAAGUAUGCAAGCCAGAAAUUGCUUAUGAAGAUGGGGUCUCCUCCAAAGGAACUAUGGUGAUGGAAAUAUUUAUGACUCUAGGCUUCAAGCCUGAGACAGAGUGGAGAAGAUUAUUAGGGGUAAUAGUUGGUGUUGGCCUCCUUCACUGUCUUGGGAGCUAAUGGAGGCCCAAGAUAGUAUCCCUGAUGAUAUGCAGCCCACAAAUAGGGAGGAUAAAGUCUGUUGGUUGCCUUAUAGGGAUGGGAAGUUCUCUAUUCACUCAGCUUGGGAUAAUUGGAGGUCUCACAGACCUAAAGUUCCUUGGUGUCAAUCUAUUUGGUUCAAAUUUCAUAUUCCCAGAGUUAGAACUAUUGUUUGGAUGGCUAUCCAAGAGAGGCUUAGUACUCUCAAUAGAUUAGUAAUGUUUGGCAUCAAGGAUUCUUCUCUUUGUGUUCUGUGUUCUGCUCAAGUAGAGGACCAUAACCAUUUGUUCUUUGCAUGCCCUUUCUCUUGUCAAAUUUGGAAUGCCUUGCAGAGUAAACUUAAUGUUAGUUGGCCAUCUAUGGAUUGGAUGGAAUUGGUGGAGAGGAUGAACGUUAAUAUUUCUGGUAAUUCUUCGGCUACUACUAUUAUGAAACUUGUUUUCACAUGUGCUAUUUAUAAUGUUUGGCAGGAGAGAAACUUGAGAAUUUUUCAAUCUACUAAGUCUCCUGAAACAGUUAUAAUCAAGAAGGUUGAGAGUAUGGUGAGAUGUAGGAUCCUCUCAGUGAAUAAUUUCAAGGAAGACAAUACUAAUGGUUGGUUCAUAAGGGUGUGGAAACUUCCUCCCUCAGUGCCUAAGAAGGCCCCCAUUAACAAUUGAUUCCUUGUGGUUCCUGUCCUAACACCUUUUUGGACAGUUUAAUCGUUUCCUUUGCAGGCUCUUUGCUGGUACUCUUUUAGGGAAUAUAAGGGUUGAGUUUUGUGAGCCAUGUAUGCUAGGUUGCUGAUAUUUUGCUUCUCCAGAUUAGUUCCAGAGUGUCGAGUGAUGUGAGCCCUUAUAUGGUUUUCUAAUUGUUUGUUGUGCAGGUUGUCUUGCUGGUCCUAUAGGUGAGGGAAUUCCUUGUUGAGGGUUGAGAGAAGUAAGCCUUAUAUUUUUAGUUGUUUAUAUCUGAGGUAUCUUUGAGGGUUGAGUGUAGUGAGCCCUUAUAUGAUUUCUAAUUGUUUAUUUUGCAGGUUGUCAGGCUUGUCCUUUAUGUGAGGGAGUUCCUUGUUGAGGGUUGAAACAAGUGAGCUAUAAAUUUUAGCUGAGUGUAGCUUUGAGGAAGCUCUUCUCUUCUCUCCUUGCUUGUUGUGUGCUUUUCUGGGUUUCAUAGAAGGUUGGAGUGGCUGCUGUGUCUUGGAUGGGUGUGAGGCUGGAUCAUUUCUUGAUGGAAGGUUGCGGCUUCCUCCUGUCUGUUGUUGCUGACAUAGUGCUGCAUCCUUUGUUUUUAUUUUAUUUUGGUCAUGGAUGGAUGUAAUAGAUCCCUCUUGUUUCCUUUUAGCUUUUGCCUUCCCUUACAGGUUGUGUAACGGUGUGGAAUUUGGUUUCUGUUGUUCUCUCUAAGCUGCUGGCUGCUGUUAGUGCCGCCUUAGUUUUGUGCUUGUUGUCCUGGCUUUCAAUUGUUUGGUGGUGGUAGUUUCAUCUAGUUUUCCCAUAUCCUUGAGGUUGUGCAAGGUUUAGCUAGUUUUAUUUUGUUUUGGGAUCAGACCUCUAUUUGUUUUUAUCCUUUUCUUUCCUUGUUGUUUGCCUUUUGUGGGCUGUGUUUGUUCUUUUAAUUUGGUCCAGGUUUUGUGGUUGUUCAUGACCCCCAUGUGCUUUUCAUGUGGCCUAUGAACAUUGCUUUCUCUCCUAGUUCUUUAGGAGUGGUUUGGGAUGAUCUAAAUAAGUGCAUUUUUUAACUUUUUACGAAAUAUGGGUUGGGUAUGGGCUGGAUUUGAAGUGAUGUGUUAGAGAGGUGAUGUGACUUAAAUAAGAUGAUGUGACUUAAAUAGAAUAGUGACUUUUUGAUUUUUUUAGGUUAUAACAAACAAGGCCUCAGUCUUUUUGUCUUGUAUUUUAGAUUAGGCUUAUUUUCUGUGUUUCUUGUAGGGUCUAGGGUAUUCCCCUUGUCAAUCUGUAUAUUUCCUUGUUUUAUAUUAUGACUUAAUUCUUCCCAAGAAAAAAAUGAACAUUCUAUCCAUUUCCUAGUCUUGCAUAUUUGUUCUCAGCCCAACCUCUCAAAAAACAUCAUUAACCACAGGUAUAAUCAACCAGUGGAGCUUCUUUAUUUGAAGAGCAAGGGAAAGCUUUUUUAUUAAAUUAUAUGGACUCUUCUAAGUACUCAUGUCGGACCCUCAACAUUUAGGUAAGGAUAUGUGUGGAGAAGUGGUUUGAAAAUACUCUUCAAAUCCUGGGGGACGCUCAUGAUCCUCAGCUAGCCACCUGAAAAAGAAUUAGCACUCCGGUCGAGGGUGCCGGAAUUAGCACUCCGACG